UUUUUCUUUUUUUUUUUUUCUUUUGCGAAACAUGCUUAUAAAGAAGGCGUACUAUGAUCAGCUAGCCAAUGUGCCAUGGACCUUGAUUGAUCAUACAUACUGUAUCAAAUAUCUAUUUAAAGAAGAUUAUUACUUGAUGCUUGUGAGUGACCUGCGACUUGUCUGGUUUGAAGUGGGAACGUUUGAGCAUAUACAAAUGGGUGCCAAAAAGAGCCAUAACAUUGUUAUUGAAGAAAGACAGGAAGUAGUCAUACUGUUGCAUCGCCUCAAGAAUAUGAUAAUAAAACGAUUGAAAUCAUGCGUCGUAAAGAACAGUGAUAAUAAAGAAGUGCUAGAGAUUCAUUGCAGGGAAAUUAAAGACGAAAAACAGCUAAAUGUGCUUUCUUGGGUAUUUUCGUGCGAAUUGGUUGACCAAAUAUCCGCCCGGUCAGAUAAGUUGACAGGGCCUGAUGUCAUUUACAGAGAGUUUACAACACCGAGCUUAUCCAUUGUGAAUCACUGUGUUCAAGAAAGAAUACCGGCUUGUGAUUUUAAAAAGAAUUUAAAACUUGCUCCGGAUACGUUGGAAUACUUUUCAAUGGUAAAUAGAUUCGGAAAUGAAGAUCAGCAGCAACCGCAUGAUGUUAUAAAGGAAGAGGAAAUAGCUGUACAAGAUAAAGAGGAACCUGAGGAAGUACAGAGUCGGAAAGAAAUUGAGGAAAGACGUCGACGUGAACUAGAAGCAUUUCUUCAAGAGAAGAAGCCAGCAAAGAGAAAGAGAAGAUUAUUGUGAUUUUAUUUGAAAAUAAUCUUGUCCUGACUGAUAAAAAACCGAGUUAUAACCUUCUUCAUGAUAAUAACUUGGUGAUGGUGGUAUGUAAACUCCAAAGUCAUUUACUGUGGAUAACUUGAUGGCACUUGGUGUUUCUUUUUCACCAUUUCUUGACGUUGAGCCUGAGAGACGCUUUAUCAUUUUAUCUAAUUUAUAAGUCCAUUCUGGCAUGUUGAAACGAGAAGAAGAGAAAAGGUGUGUAAAUAAAAAAUUUCACAUAACCAAGUUCUCUCUUUUCUGCGCUUUAGCGUUUGUUGUACAGUUGUACAAUUCAUUUUGAUUAUCAGAUCAAAAAGAGUGUUUUAACUUGAUAAU